AUGUUAUCUUUUCGUGAUUUGCUAGGGAAUGACAGUGAUCUGGAAAUUGAUGAAGCAGAAGCGAAUCAGAAUGAUCCAGCGGAAGAUGAAACAGUGAUCAAGCAAAAGAACCAAAUUAGUGUGGCGUCAUCAGAAGUGUCUCAACUGGUGCAGCUAAGCUCGAGUCACAUAUUUGAAAUGGUCUCUGGCAUGAUCAGCUCUUUGGAGAAAAGUGGCGAAGGAGAUUUAGCAAAAGCAUUGGAUACUAUUUCAAUUUCAGUGUCGACUGCUUUGAAGAAGCUCAACGAAGCAGUCAUUAGGAAAGAAUCGGUGUGUAUUAAUCGAUUCAUAUUAAAUACUGGAAAAGUGUUUUGUCAUGAUGAUGUAAAAUAUCAAUGCUUUUCGCGCUGUAUGAAUGUAAUCAAACAAUUAAUGGAGGAUGUUAAACGGUUAGUAUCUGGUUCCGAUAAUACGAUUUCUGCAAAUGGUAUUCGUAAGCUUCCAUCAGAACAAAUCAAAAAGAUGAAAAAGCGGAACAGACUGAGACGACUGGAAUCAAAAUACCGGGCAAAAGCAAAGAAGACUGAGAGUCGUGUGAAUGGGUCGGAAAAAAGUGUUUGGAAUCAAUGGGAAGAAAAUGUGGAAAAAAAAGAAUCAGAAAGCAAGAUAUGGAAACGUGGGAAGGAUCUGUCUGAGAACGUUCCAUCAACCUCGAACUUCAUUUCCGAACAAUGCAGUCGAAUAACUACUCAAACCACUGAGUCAGUCCGGCGCUCCACUUCAUUUGCAAAAUCACGAGAAAAAGAAUUGAAUGAGGAAGAGGACCGGAAGAAUCUGUUCUCAGAUAACGCGGAAUUGAACAGUGGUGAAACAUCAAAUGCAGGCGGAGUUGCAAGAGAACAGUCCAUGGAUGCGCAAAAUAAUGCUCGUAAUUGUACUGAUACUCCGCAUGCAUCAGGACCAUCAUUCGAUAGUAAUACUAUGAAUACGGUUAUCGAUCAACAGCCAUCUUUCAUUCAGCUGCAGAAUCCAUCAUCUGCUGACACAUCAGUCUCAUCUACUUUCUCAAAGCUAAGGAAUGAUUUACUUGAGAACCUGCCUGCUCAUUCAAGAUCACCAUUCAAACCUCCCUCAAUGCCGGAAGAAUUGAAUGGGGAAGGAAAUAAGCAAAGAAUCUGUAUGGCUAUAAAGAAGACGAAAGCAGCUAAAUUGAAGACAAUAGGAACUCCUGCUGAACAAUUGAUGGAUAUAGACAGUAAUGAAGAUGAUGGUUUGGUUGAUGAAUUGGUAUCAGGUUCAAGUUCUUGUGCAGCUGAAAGUGUUCCAGUAUCGUCGAGGAAUCAAUGUAUGAAUACUGUCAUGGAGCAGCAAUCUUUUGCGACCAAUGUUGGUCUAACAAUGACAACUGAUCUGUCGCAAUCAAAAGAUCAUUCACAACAAAGUCAACCGUCACAGUUGCAAAAGCGAUCUGUACCCGCGAGUCUACGGUAUAGGAAUAAAUCGUUCUUGAAAGUGCGAAAAAUUGACCAGUCAACAAAUAGUGGAAAUAGAAGUUCAAAGCAAAAUUCUCAGAAGUCAUCACUUAAAACGAGCAACUUAGCGAACACCAAGCAGAAGCACGUAUCUUUCCAUCCAAAUGAAGUAUCUUCAAUUUGUAAUGGUGAUGGAUCUACGGGUAGCAUCUCUUCAUCUGUUAUCGCUUCGAAAAUGACCAAAUCAUUACCUAAACGUCAUCCAGUUGACGAAUUCAGAGCGUCUUGCAGGCGGAUUUCGGGCUAUCAAGGGACUGUUUUGAAAAAUUGGCUCGUAGUUGAUUCUUCAUUCGAUCAACUCGAUGAAACGCUAUUUAGUGAAAUUCGUCCAAAUAACUUCCCUCACACAGUCAUCACAUCUGCAUACUUCCCGCAGCUAUCGUUCAAGAACUUCGAAAAACUUAUGGGCGAGACCUUCGAGGUUUUCCCUCGAGUGGGGUCAGUGAAUAUCUUCUUUGCAGUCAGUCAUGACGUGGCAUUGUUACGAUCAAGCGAUCAUAAUCCUGCACAAGUGUUCAUUCAGUUCAUCACAAGAUUUGCUAUGCGUUCAAUGAGCAUCUACAGAAAAUGGUGGGAUUCAUCAUACGAAAAAUACGAAGCUUCAUCGGAAAGGUACCAAGAAGCAUCCGAAACUUUGAAAACAGAUUACAUCUCUUUUCUGGAGCCACCAACAAUAGUUCUCAUUAAUGCACCACAGGAUAACAAUGAGGAAAACGAAAAAAUGCUUCGUGUGUUCAACGUUGCCCUCAAGCGCUUUGUACAAGAAGAGGCUAAGAAAGAUGAAACAUCCAGCAGAUUUUAUGACGAAGCGGUUAAAAGGAAACUGCGAAUCGAACUAAUCGAUUGGAGGGAAAUAUGCAAUGGAGUACGAGCUGUAGCGUCGGGCCAAAAGAUAACCGCUCUUUUGCGAUAUCUUCAUAUCGUUUGGGGCGUGAUUCCGCAUGAAAUAAAACGUUGCUGA